UAGUUAGCAAUAUGCGUUUAAUAGAACAAACUACACAGAUUGCUGUGAAAAACAUUGAUAAUGUCUGUUCACAGAAAAAAAGGAUUGUGCAUAGUACUUUAUUACCAAAUUCUAUACGCGCCCUUAUAGUAGGUCCAUCAAAUUGUGGUAAAACAAAUGUUAUGAUUAGUCUCAUAGAAAGCCCUAAUGGUCUCAAAUUCAGGAAUAUAUAUAUAUAUUCUAAAUCUUUAUAUCAACCAAAAUAUCAAUAUUUAAAAAAAUUGAUUACUCCAAUCAAAGGAAUAAACCUAUUCACAUUCUCUGAAAAUGAAAAAGUUAUAAGUCCAGCCAAAGCAAAUAUGCAUUCUAUAAUGGUAUUUGAUGAUGUAAUUUGCGAUAAACAAAAUACUAUAAGGGAUUAUUUUUGUAUGGGAAGACAUAAACACAUUGAUUGUUUUUAUUUAUGUCAAACAUAUACAAGGAUUCCUAAACACUUAAUACGUGAUAAUGCAAACAUGAUUAUCAUAUUUAAGCAAGAUGAAAUGAAUAUUAAACAUAUAUAUAAUGAUCAUGUCUUGGGUGACAUGACAUUUAAAGAUUUUUUAAAGCUUUGUAGUGAAUGUUGGAAAGAUAAAUAUGGAUUUCUUAUUGUGAGCAAGGAUGAUCCCAUUGAUAAAGAUUAUAAACAGAAUAGAGAGCAGAUUGGUGACAGAAAGAAAGCAGAUCGGCAGCAGAUAUAAAGCAGAUCGGUAGCUGAUAUAAAGCAGAUCUGUAGCAGAUGUAAAGCAGAUCGGAAGCAGAUUGAUACAUAACCAAAAAAAAAAUAAAAAUAAAUUAUCCAAUCAUGAAGAGACACAAUUUGUUGAAGGAAAUUGUAAAAACACGAGCAGUAUUGAAAGAAAAGUUAAAAAGCAUUAAACUUGAUCAAAUAGAUAGGAAUAAUCUAUUAGAAGAUACAUUUCAACCAAUAACAAAACCUUUGAAGGAUAUUAUAGGAAAACUAGAUGAGAACAAUACAGUUAAAAACAAUCAUUGUAAUUUUAACAACCGAUGAGUAAAAAUGUCUAAAAACAAUUUCAUAAUUAUAGAUGUUCAAGGUUUUUUCUUAAAUAAUAAAUUUAUUGCGAAGGAAAUUUGUAUUUU